AUGGGUUCGCGGAUUCUGCUUCUGUCCCUUGCAGGUUUUCUUUUUUCCUUCAUUUCGAAUUGAAAGUGGAGAGGAGCGUUCAUUGGGAACUUCACGAAAAAAUUAUUUCCAGCACUAGUCGUUGUGGCGCUAUGUGCACCGGCGGAGCAACAACGCGUUCGCCGCAACAUGGUCCGCGGAAGACCUCGCGGAGGCAUGAAGAAGAUGCCGAUUGUGAGGAGAGCCUCUCUGAUUUUCGUCGACAGAAAAAUUCCAGCGUGAUCCUUCCGUCCAGAUUGACGCCGCUGUUGCCGGCACUUUCCAACAGAAGCUCGAUCAUUUCGACGCUUCCAACAUCGGAACUUUCGACCAGGUGUUCAUAAAAAUCUUUCGUUAACUGGCGAAGGAACUCAAUUAGAAAAAAACCCAAAGCAUACACAAAUUGGGCUCUCUGCUGAAAAACGUGCAGGUAGUAUCUCCUUUGAUGGGAUUCUGCACGGUUUAUCGCAGGUGCAAAAAAUCUCAGAAAGUUUCAGUAUAGUCUAAUAUAUAGUACUGUACAGUACAGAUUUACAGAAUGAAUGAAAAUUGCAAUAAGGCAAUGCUAUGUGAAGUUUUUUUUUUUGCGGAAUAGAGCAUAUACUGUAGCCUUUGAUCAUUUUCAGCAAUUAUUUCGUUUGCAUAUAUACAUUGCAGCGUUAUUGGUACAACAACCAGUGGUAUAAAGACGGAGGUCCAGCUUUCUUGAUGCUGGGCGGCGAAGGGCCCGAGGAUCCGUAUUGGGUGUCGACAAGUAACGACAACCUAAGAAAGCUCGCCAAUGUCGGGGUUUAGGCAGUCUUGAAUGGACCACGAUCGCCCAGCAACAGGGCGCCUGGGUGUUCGACAUCGAGCACCGUUUCUACGGACAGACCCAUCCUACUCGGUACACUGUUUUUCUGUUCAUAUAUAGUUAGGAAAUGGAGCUCCGAAACCUGAAAUAGUGUCAUGUAGUUAUCUUUGGAGCCCUUCUGUUUCAUGAUUUCUAUUCGAGUCGGAAAUAGAAAAAAAUAGGUAUGUCGAUUCAUAUAAUGAGAAGCUAAAUUGGAGUUGUGAAGCAGAACAACGAAAAAAAAGGUUGUUACAGCGACAUGUCGACGGACAACUUGAAGUUCCUCAGUUCUGCACAGGCCAUCGAAGACGCCGCUGACUUCAUCAAAGUGGAGGACGACUCGAAUGGAUAUUCACCAAGAAAUCAAUUUUAGGCUAUGACGACGAAGUUCCCCCAGCUCGCCAACGCUAAAUGGGUCACUUUUGGAGGAUCUUACUCAGGUUGGACUGAGUUGACCAUAUAAUCUGGUGAUGAAUAGAGGUCAUCACAUUUUUUGCUUCGAAGUUCAUCUACUUUAUGAGAUUUCGCUGUAUUUCAUCAUUAACCAAUGUUAUAUUCUGCAUAACUUCACUAAACGAUUUUGAAUUUUAUUUAAAAGUAUUCUGGUUUCAUGCCGAACUUUUGCGCCUCGUCAACUAUAGCAAAUAAGGCUGCAGAAACUUGAAAUUUUCACCGUUUGAGGGAUUUUUCUUAUCAGACAUCAACAUUUGAUAAAAUUUGGUUUCACUUGGUCGCACUUCUACGAGGUGAAUAGACUCAAUGAAAGUUUCGCAAAAAUGCCGUUGAAGGGAAUGAACCCAGCUCGACCCAAAAAUUUAAAGAUAACUUUUUGACUUGACUUAUGUAAUCGACGUAUUUCUACAAAACUAAAUAACUUUCCAUAAUUUUUUUCUUUUUUUAAAUCACCUAAAAAGGAACAAUCGAGAAAUUUUUUUGACAAAACUUACAAUAUCAUUGCGUUUCAAAAAAACUUCUUUUAUAUUUUUCAUUCUAUUAAUUGAGAUAUUUUUUUGAAUUUAGGUGUGAAAAAGAAAAAAAUCUAACGAAAAACUUUGAGCAUAGUGAUGAAGAUAUGAAGUCUUACUUAAUUAUGGGGUUCAAAUGCAAUAAAACUUCAGCAACUUGCUAUGUCUUUUUCAUAAUAACGCAUAAAACAGGUUAAAAAGGAGUACUUAUCAUUUUUAUUUUCUUCGAUUGUAAGAUCAUAAUUUUUCGAAUAGAAGAGCCAAAAAUGUUUUCUCCAUAGGUCUUUCAGAGGUUGUACAAAAUAGUAAUGUAAAAACAUAAACAACUAUGGGCUAGGGGGGUAAAUCGGGAGGUCGAGCCGACAGCUGGAUGCCACGCCCUCUUUUGGCCAUAACUUUUUGAGUAGCAAUUUUUUUUAAAACUAACCGGAUUAUAAACAUUGAUAGCUUCCUCUAUCGCUAUGAAAAAUAUUUUUAAAUAUUUUUGAAAAUAUGGUUGGCGGUUUCUAGGUUCAGCUUUCCGUUGCUCUCGAUUUGUGGGAAAAUAGCGGUAAAAAUGCAUAAUCUUGUUUUCAUUAUUUAAUUACUCUUGAGAAUAAAUCUACUCGAUAUUUUGUUCAUCGAAGAGAGGUUAGCCAUUUUAUGAUCAAAGUGUUUGAGGAGCUCUCGCCGCCUGGACGCGUGUCAAGCACCCAGAGCUCGUGUUCGCAGCCGUCGGUAGCAGCGGCCCUGUCCAGGCCGAGGUCGACUUUGUCGGUGAGAUUCACUGGAAGGAGCCCAGCAACAUGGCCUUCAGAAUACCUCGAAGUGGUGCAGAACUCGAUUACGCGCAACUCUUCGGCUUGCGCUGCUAGUGUCACCAGCGGCUUCAACCAGGUCGCCCAGCUCCUUCAGACGCCAGCAGGCCGUCAGACUCUCAAAACCACCUUCAAGUUCGUUCAAAUCCUCGAUACGAAAAAUCGCGCUUUUCAGCCUUUGUCAGAGUUUGAACAUCAACGACGCCAACAACAUCAAGUACUUCUGGGAAACCGUCUACAGUCCUUAUAUGGAGAUUGUUCAGUACUCCGGAGACUCCGCUGUAUGUUUUGAAUAUCAUAAAAAAAUUUAAAAAAUAAAUAAAUCAAGUUUGAAGCUCUAAAGAAGAAAAAACCUAAAGGUUUAAUAAGCUAUUUCCAAUUUCAGAAGAAUAAUGAUUCGUUUAAAAACAAAAAGAUUUCAACUAAUUGUUCGUGACCUUGUUGUAAUCAGAGUUACAGGGAGAGUUUGCAACGCAGUUGACAAUUUCUCACGCGAUCUGCCGUUAUCACUUGAACGACAACUCCAACACUCUUCAGAAGAUGAAGCAGGUCUGUAACAAGAGCUUCCUUUUCACCGAGGAAACUAGGUGAACGACUACUUCAACAUGGCCAGUGGCUAUUUCGGCUGCAACGACAUCGACUACAACGGAUUUAUCGAGUUCAUGAAAGACACGUCCUACGGCGAUGCUCAAUCCGGUAUUUCUCGAGUCGAGUUCUUAUCUCGGAAGUUUUGCAGACCGCGCUUGGGUGUGGCAGACGUGCACAGAGUUCGGCUACUACCAGUCGACGGACUCCACCAAGUCGGGUCCGUGGUACGGAGGCGUCAACAACUUGCCCGUCCAGUCAGUCUGCACCUCUCGGCUCAGCAGAUCUCUUACUUCCAGAUACUAUAUCGACGAGUGCACCGCCAUAUAUGGAUCGGCCUACAACUCGGACUCUGUUAAAGCAGCUGUCGACCAGACCAACAAAUACUACGGCGGUCGUGACAACUUGACGGUUAGUUGUUGGGUCUAAUGAAAGAUUUCACGAAUUUCUUUCAAUCAGUUCAUUAUUGAUCCUAAAGAGAAAAGAGCGAUAAGUCUAGUUUGCAAUGAUAAUAGUGAUUUUUUAGAGACAAGUUCUAUAUAAAAUAGUUAAGGGUAUGAAAAAUGUGUGCUAAAUCUGCAUUGCCUUCUUACCUGGUUAGAAAGACGAGAAUUUAUUAUUGUCUAUGUUAUGAUAAUGGUUCAGACCAGUCGCAUCGUGCUGCCGAACGGCGACAUCGAUCCGUGGCACGCCCUCGGCAAACUCACGAGCAACAGUUCUGAUAUCGUUCCGGUAGUUAUCAACGGCACCGCCCACUGCGCCGACAUGUACGGCACGUCUCCUCAUGACUUGCAGUCCCUGACCGACGCUCGGAAGCUCAUCGCCAGCACUUUGGACGGCUGGCUCAAAGCCUAG